AGCUCGCCGGGCUCCGAGAGACUGCGCCGCUGCAGCUGCAGCCGCCGCCGCCAGGGGGAGCGAGUCCCCGACGGGAGACGCGCCGGCUCGCUUCCUGCGAACGCGCCUUCCAACUUGAGCUUCCCGCGCCUCCAGCCGCUCUCAAGAGUGGUGAAGAAAGAUGGAGACCGAGUCCCGGGCGCAAACAACAAAUCAGACGCAAACAGAUUCUUUAUCUCCAUCCCCUAAUCCUGUGUCACCUGUGCCUUUGAAUAACCCAACGAGUGGCCCAAGAUAUGGAACCGUGAUCCCUAACCGCAUAUUUGUAGGAGGAAUUGACUUUAAGACAAAUGAAAAUGAUUUAAGAAAAUUUUUCUCUCAGUAUGGAUCUGUAAAAGAAGUGAAGAUUGUUAAUGACAGAGCUGGAGUGUCCAAAGGGUAUGGUUUCAUCACUUUUGAAACUCAAGAAGAUGCACAAAAAAUCUUACAAGAGGCUGAAAAACUUAAUUACAAGGAUAAGAAACUCAACAUUGGUCCAGCAAUAAGAAAACAACAAGUAGGGAUUCCUCGUUCUAGUAUAAUGCCAGCUGCUGGAACAAUGUAUCUAACCACUUCGACUGGAUACCCUUACACUUACCAUAAUGGUGUUGCUUAUUUCCAUACUCCAGAAGUAACUUCUGUCCCACCAUCUUGGCCUUCACGUUCCAUAUCUAGUUCUCCUGUAAUGGUGGCUCAGCCAGUUUAUCAACAGCCUGCAUAUCACUACCAGGCCCCAGCACAGUGUAUACCAGGGCAAUGGCAGUGGGGGGUUCCCCAGUCCCCUGCUUCUUCUGCUCCAUUCCUAUAUCUGCAACCUUCUGAGGUUAUUUAUCAACCAGUAGAGAUUGCACAAGAUGGAGGCUGUGUCCCUCCUCCACUGUCUCUGAUGGAAGCUUCAGUUCCAGAGCCUUAUUCUGACCAUGGAGUUCAAGCAGCAUAUCACCAGGUUUAUGCUUCAAGUGCCAUUGCUAUGCCUGCACCUAUGAUGCAGCCUGAGCCAAUUAAAGAACCAAGGUUACAUUCUGUGAGAAGAAGCUUUUCUCAGCCUUCAUCUGUGGGUUUGAAACCUCGAUAUUCUCGAAGCCCACACUUUCAUCCUAGAAAAGAUUUCAGAGCAGAGGAUUCAGUUUCCACUCCACCUUCCUGUACUGACUUUGUUAAGUAGACUCUUGGAGAAGCGUUUUGUCCAGAAAUAGAAAAUAACUAGGCCCCUAUGUGGUCUAGUAACAAAUGGGUUUGGGGAUAUGCUUAAGGUUAAAUGUUUUUGGUUUUUUUUUUAAGAGAAUUUCUGAAAUCUUAGUACCCAAAACAUUGGAGAUGCAGAGUUAAAUCAUGGUUUCCUUUAUUAACUCCACCACUUAAGUACUAUAGAGCUAUAAGCCAUAACAAACAAGACAGAAUUGUCUCUAAGACAACAACUCUCUUACACAUCAUCAUCUGGCUGGCUACCCAGCAUGGCCAUCACACAUACACUUACAAACAGCUCUGAUGUUUAAAUGUUCAGGUUUAUUCCAAAAGGUUCAUAAUUUAGACAAAUCUGUAGCUGGCAUAUAUAAAAAUACUUACUAGCAGACCAUUUUUUGCUUAUGGUCUAAUUUAAGCAGACACCAUCUUGUUAGGGAGAUGAUGUGUAUAUUCUACUUUCUACAUUAUCCUGGUUUCACUACAUUUGUGUUCAUGUGUAUUUUACCUAUAUUAAGUGGUUUUGAGAAAAACACAUUUCAAACUCUACCUUACAAGUUUUUACAAACAUUGAUGUAAAGCAGUAUUUGUGCUACAAAAAAAUCCAUAAACCUGUCACAUUAUAACCACUUACUGUAUAUGGUUACUGUGGCCAAAGUGAAACUAUCCUUAAAUGUCCUGAAAGAUUAUCUAUUUGUGGCCCUUUGCUGUCAUUUAUACAUGAAGUAGAGUUGCUCAUAGGGCAUAGCAUCUUAGGGAUUAUAAUUUGUAAUCACAUCAUGUCAGAUUCGAUACUGUCAGUAUUUUAUCUUUCAUUCAUUCGGUUCUUUGUGAGGCUUAUAGGCUUUUAAAACAUUAGAAUUUUCCCAUAACACAGUUUUAUUUUUAAAUGCAAAGAAGCUAUGUAUGAUUGCCUGCUGUUAUGGAAUGAGAGAAGUUUCUAAAAAUUAAAAAAUAUGCCACAAUAAUUAGAAUUUUAACAUUAAAAAAUAAGCCUACUAUCUUUUAAGUCAAUGCCUUCUAUUUACCAGAUGUUGUGACUUCUGUAAAAAAAAAAAAAAAAAAAACUUACUCCUUUGACAGAAGCUUGGGUUAGUAAAAACAAUAGUUACAUAAAUCAGCAAUAUUUCAAUUGACUACAUGGAAGUGUAUCUUAGACUUUAGUGAAAUUUAAUAGUACAGUACUUCUAGGAAAUACUAGAACUUCAACAUUUUAAAUUUGCAUCUUCUCCCAAGAAUUAAUAUGUCUUAUACUUCUGCUGGGAAAGAAUAGGAAUUAUAAAUUUGAAAGUUCUUAUAUCAGAAAAGAGACUCCCAAAUAACUUGAAUUAUUUUUUUAUUCUGUCUCAUAAAGGAUGAUGAAUAUACUCAUGGGUGUACAUAUAUAUUUGGGGUAUGUGAUCCUAAUAUUUUGGGAUUAAAAUACAUGUCUAUGAAUAAAAUGUAAUAGUAUUGUAUAUUAGAUAGUAUCUUCAUACAUCCUAAGGCCAUUCCAUCUACUUAAAGGUAUUUUCUUUUGUUAGAGUUACUUUGAAAGUAACAUGCCAUAUAUAAUCUGUUACCAGAGCCCUGGCCAAAAUAUCAUGAAACUAUAUUUGAUGUUCAGCUUACCAGUUUUCAGUAUACAUUUUAAUCCCAUAUUUAUUAUUCAGGCUUAUUCAAUGAAUAACAGGCAUUUCUAAAACCUUUAUAAAUUCCAAGAGUCUGAGAGUAAUUGUAUUUUCCAUUUAAAGAAAAACUUAAGAGUUUUUGUUACCUAGUUUUUGUUCAGGCAAUUAUGCUCUCUCCUAAAAUAUAUUGUACUUCCACAUUUUCAUUCAUUUCUGUAAAGAUUAUAUAUCACUAUAUUUCUCUCUGUGGACUGUAAAGUAUUAAGUGGAGAUAACAUGAAAAUAUAUUAAGGCGAUCCCUCAAAAGAUACUACUCUGCUUAUGUUGGGAUGCCUUGCUCCUAUUUUUACAAAUGUAUCAAAAGUAAUUUUCACAACUAUAAAACAUCAGUGUUUAGCUUUCAGUUUCGAAGGUCUUUUUAUAAGCCAUCUUUGACAACUUCACCCUUAGUUCUAAAACAACCACUAUCUAAAGGAAAUGUCUAAUCAGCAUAAAAAUUAUUGCUGAAAUACAUCCUUUUUCCUUGGUCCUUUGGAGAUAGAAAAAUAAAUUUAUAGUAUCAAUUAACAAUUUGAAAUUAGAUUUAAUACAGUGAGUUUCUUGCUAAUCAAUAUUAGGAUUUUUGUUUUCAGCACCAAGAUAAACACAGCUACAGAGUAUAUACCCAUAACAUUUUUAACAACACAUAAAAGUAUGCAGACAGAUUUUUAAACGAUACUAAUACACAGAAACUUUUCUGCCCUUUGAUAGAGUUCUGCUUGGACUAUUGCAAACUGUGAAAAGUGCUUUUAAUUAAAAUAACAUUUACUAUCCUGAUGGUAAAAGAAAAAUGAAAAUAAACUCAAUAAAUUCCCAUGUUUACAGGGGGGUGUUUAAGCCUGUGUUCUGGCUACCUGUAUAAUAUUUACAGAAUUUGUUUUAAACUGUUGAGCUUGGAUAUACACACCUUUAAAUACUGAAUAUUUAAAUGUCUAUCUCAACAAAGUUGCCAAUGAUGGUUUCUGAUAAUUUGGUUUAACCUGACUAGGCCCCCUUCUCAUUACUUGGAUUUAUGGAGCAAGUUUUCACUAUGACUACUGUCUGUCCAUCUGAAAUCAUAGUGGUUUCCUAAUAAAUUUACACUGGGCUACAGCUCUACAUUUAUACAGUCUGUUCAUGUGAGAGUUAAUAGCUCUCUAUAUGAUUUCCAUGAGUUACCAAAGAAAGUAUGUUCUCUUAGGCUAGGAAACUAAUUUAUGAUAUCAGUUACAUCCAAAUGUUUUUUACUGAAAUUUUGGUGUGAAGUAAUUAUCUUAGAGACUGAUUUUUAUGUGAAAAAUAGUUUAACUAAAAAAUUCCCUUGAGCACUAUGCAACCAUUUUUUUAUAUUUUAUACUAGGUCAAAACACUGUCACAAUGAAUGUUAGAAAUGUUUCCUUUGCAUCCAAAUAAAAAUCCUUAAAGUGGCAUGAAAAUCCAACCUACCAUCUUUCAUGCAACCAGCUAUAUACAUUUUCAGUCACUAACCUUGUGAGUACUUACAGAUUUCUUCUAUAAUAUCAAAGUGAGCUUAUUUUAAUUAAAUUCCAAUAAUGAGUUAGAAAUAAACAAUGGCUAACAGGUAUAGAUCAGUGGUAGAACGCUCGCCUAACGUGCAAAAAAGUCAUCCACAGUGAAACUAGGACUUAAUGCUAAAAAUGUCUGCCUCUAUAAAAAAAGUAGGAAGUUUCUGUAAAAUGAGCUUUAUAGGACUUUAAGUAUAAAUGCCAAUUCAUUAUUCUAGUUUACUAAGUUCGGCAUAUAAAGGUGCUCUGUGCACACCCAUUCGUGACCUACUGUGCAGUUUUUGAAAGACCUAACAUUAUGCCUUGCUAACCAAGGUCUGUCUGCAUUUAAACCGACCCUAGAGAAAUUAUUUUAAGCCCAACGUUAAAAUGUAGGCCUCCUGAUGUUCCUAGUUAACAAGGAUAUUAAAACAGUUAAUCUCUUAAAAUAUAUUUUACAUUUAUAUUUUACCUAUAUAAAGAUGGUUUUACCCCAUUUCCUUGAAGUGAAACUCAAAUCUAACAAAACUUAUUCCUUUUAAAAUGUAAGAUUGAGUACUCAGUAUUUCUUUUUGCAGUUCACAGCAGUUACUACUUUAUAAAGAUGAGAAUGUAUUGACUAUGCUAUGAAGUAAAAUUUACAAGAAUUAUCCAGUAUGUGGCAUUUAGAUAAUGGGAAAUAACAAUAGCCAAAGGACCUGGUUUCUGCAAUCCUUUUAGAAAAGAUGUUAUAAGAAUGGAUGUCAUAGAAUUUAAACUGUUAGUAAGUAAAUAAGUUUUAUUAAUAUGUUCAUUUGUAUUAAACUGUAUGUAUGAAAUAAAAUUUCACUGUUUGUGACCUCUAGUAAAUUCACUAGCUUUGUUACUAUAAUAGUUAAUUAAAAUAAACUUGAAUAUUGAUGUUUGUCUAAA